AUGAAGCUCCUCAUGCCAGCAACCCUCAUCCUGAUGUUCUCUUUCUGCACCCUGGGCACAGCGGCACGUGAAUACACCUCUGUCAUCACUGUGCCCAAUGGAGGCCACUGGGGAAACUGGGGCAGCCAGCAGUUCUGCCGCUAUGGCUAUGCCAAGGGAUUUGCACUGAAGGUUGAGCCCUCGCAGUUUGGAAAUGACGACACAGCUCUGAACGGCAUUUGGCUGCGUUGCCAGGAUGACUCAGUCAUCGACUCCUUGGUGGGGAAGUGGGGUACCUGGACCAAAUUUCAAGUUUGUCCGAGAGGCUACUUGGUCUCCUUUUCUCUGAGAAUGGAGAAGUCUCAAGGAGGAGGUGAUGACACAGCAGCCAACAACAUCCGGUUCAGAUGCUCAGAUGCGGCUGUGCUACUAGGUGAUGGGCUGUCAUGGGGAAGAUUUGGCCCAUGGAGCAAAAACUGCAAAAUAUGUGGUCUCCAGACAAAGGUAGAGCCUCCACAGGGGCUUCAGGAUGAUACAGCACUCAACAAUGUGAAGUUCUUCUGCUGUAAGUGA